AUGAAGCUGACCUGCAUGUUUUCCUUCAUCCUUCUGUUUGGAGCAGCUGGGCUUCUCGUUUUCAUCCACCUGCAGGAUCCAGAAGAAGUUGUACACCAGCAAGUCCCAGGAAUGAGAUAUGGCAAGGGAUCUCAGGAAGCUAAAAGAGAAGGCGCAUCGAGCAACAAUCAGGGCGGGAAGACUCAGGCAAAUGGAGACGACUCCUUUCCGAUGGCAAACCAGCGGGCCUCUUUACACCCCAUGCGAGAUGAGUCCGUGAAGCCUCGAAGCUCAGGCCAGGCCCGGAAGGCUUUAGCAGGGACUCAAGACAGACAGCGGAAAGGUCCAGGCGCAAAUUCCACCUAUCAACGAAAGAGGAAAUUUGUCCUGAGAAGAAGCCCCCUCCGGAUUGCAGUUAAUGGCUCCUUCCGCAGCCUGCCCCUCCUGAAAGCUGAGGCGAAAGAGGAGCUGAAGUGGAGGAGCCUCUACGAGGUCCAGAGAGAGAGAAAACGCAUCAUGAGAGACACGUGCUCCAAGUACAAGAGCAACAACAAGAGAGUCAUCACCCCUUAUCAUGUUUCCAGGAUAUUUGUUGAAGAUAAAUAUCAAAUUUUAUAUUGUGAAGUCCCUAAAGCCGGCUGCUCCAACUGGAAGAGAGUGCUCAUGGUUCUUAAUGGACUGGCCUCCUCAACCAGGGUUAUUCAGCACAAUACUGUGCAUUAUGGGAAUUAUCUGAAGAAGCUGGAUGGUUUUGAUCACAAAGGGAUCAACUACAGGCUCAGUACUUACACUAAGAUGCUCUUUGUUCGUGAACCUUUUGAGAAGUUAGUGUCGGCAUUUCGAGACAAGUUUGAGCAUCCCAACAAUUAUUACCACCCGGUCUUUGGCAGGCCCAUUAUUUCAAAGUAUCGCCCCAAUGCCACCAAGGAGGCCCUGAGGACAGGCUCUGGAGUAGAGUUCAAAGAGUUCGUUCAGUAUCUUCUCGAUGUGCACCGGCCGGUUGGCAUGGACAUCCACUGGGAUCACAUCAACAGGCUGUGUAGUCCUUGCUUAGUGGACUAUGACUUCAUUGGGAAAUUUGAAACCAUGGAAGAAGAUGCUAACUUUUUCCUCCAUUUGAUAAAUGCUCCACAGAAUUUGACUUUCCCUAGAUUUAAAGACAGACAUUCCAACGAAGAGAGGACAACCACUCAGAUCACACAACAAUAUUUUACACAGCUUUCUCCUUCUCAAAGGCAGCGUAGUUAUGAUUUCUAUUAUAUGGAUUAUCUAAUGUUUAAUUACUCAAAGCCUUUUGAGGACCUUUAUUAAGUGGAGGUGAGCUUUUGGUUGCAGCUUCGUGGAGCUCCUCCUAUGCAAUUUUGUGGAACAGACGUUUAUACAAAUACAUAAGCUUCA